UUCUUGCAGGUCUGUCCACCUGAUUCGCUCCCACAUUUUCCAUGAGAUGUUGCGUCAUCGUGGUUUGACGCUCAUCGUUGAAGUUACGCUGCUGUGGAAGUGUCUGUGUGUUGACCCUAUUGGCUUUCCAUACUUCAUAACUUCUUCUUGUUUUAGGUCAUGUCAGCUGUUUUAGAGGAAGUAAGUUUUUUCGAUUUGAAACAUUAAAGUGAUUAAUGCACAGCUGCUCCUGGACUGCACUCUGAUACUGAUACAGCAUGCAGGAUGGGUUUUUAUUGUUUUUGGUUUUGUAAAAUGAUCUUAUUAUUGCAUGCAGGUGAUCCGGAUGUUUCCGAACGUGAGUGAAGAUAAAUCGUAGUGUGGUUUUGGGAAAAGAAAGAACUGACUUGAGCCAUGAACACUCAGCAGAACACUGCUCCAACCCUGCCUCCUCCUGGACUCUCGGUUUGUGUGACUGCUCAGGAGCAUGUUAAUGUUUAUGCUCCUGUGCUUGUUAACACCACGAUCACUGAUGGUGCUACAUUCAGCAGCACAGCCAGCACUGCUUAUGCUCAAGCUGCCCGAACAGCAACUGAAAAGGAAAAUUUGGAUGUUCUUAAGAGAUUUCUGGUGAAUCACAAAGCCGACAUGAAGAAGAAAAUCGAGUGCAUUUUUGAAGGCAAAAAUGACGCAAGAAAUAAAAGACUUCUGAAGAAGGUCUACACGCAGCUGUAUAUCACCGAAGGAGAAUUCAAAGAAGUCAACAAAGAACACGAGAUUCUGAAAAUGGACAAAGCUUUUAGUGUUCAAAAAUCUCAGGAAAAACAAAUCAACUGCAAUGAGAUUUUUAAUGAAGAUAAUCGAGUAGUGCUCACCAAAGGAAUCGCAGGAAUCGGAAAAACUGUAUCUGUGCAGAAGUUUAUACUCGAUUGGGCUGAAGGAAAUGCUAACAAGAACAUAGACUGCAUUUUCCUCCUUCCUUUCCGAGAGAUUAAUUUAAUUAAAGAUGAAAACAGUCUUCAUGAAUUACUGCAGGAUUUCUACCCUGAUCUUGAAAAACUCAGUGAUACAGAUUUAUACAAACGUCUCCAGCUUGUUUUUGUUUUUGAUGGACUUGAUGAAAGUCGUCUUUCGUUGGAGUUCAGCACCAGUAUGGUGAGAAAGGUGACAAAAAAAGCUCCUGUGAAUGCUCUCAUCACAAACCUGAUUGAAGGAAAGCUGCUUCCUUCUGCUCUGAUCUGGAUCACCUCACGACCAGCAGCAGCCAAUCAGAUCCCUUCAGAGUAUGUGAGCUUGUUUACAGAAGUGCGAGGAUUCACCGAUAAGCAAAAGGAGGCGUAUUUUAAAAAGAGAAUAACUAAUGAGAAUGAAGCCAAUCAGAUCAUCUCACAGAUUAAGAAAUCUCGGAGCCUUUACAUCAUGUGUCACAUCCCCAUCUUCUGCUGGAUCACUGCUACGGUGCUUCAAGCAAUGCUGGUUCAAAAGAAUGGUGAAGAAAUUCCUGCUACACUGACUGAAAUGUACAUCCACUUCCUGCUUAUACAGAUGAACACCAAAAACCAAAAGUAUGAUGACAAGGUGGAACGAGAUGUGAAGAAACUGCUGGAGAUGAACAAAGGAAUGAUCCUGAAACUGGCCAAGCUGGCGUUUAAACAGCUGAUAAAUGGGAACAUCAUGUUCUAUGAAGAAGACCUGAUAGAGUGUGGUAUUGAGGUCCGUGUUGAUUCAGAGUGCUCAGGGAUGUGUGCUGAGAUCUUCAAGAUUGAAUCAGUGCUUCAUGAGAGGAAGAUUUACUGCUUUAUUCAUUUAAGCAUUCAGGAGUUUCUUGCUGCACUCCAUGUUUUCAAUUCCUACCUGAACAAAAACAUGGAUGAGUUAAAGUUUUUCUUCAGUGAAGACCCUCCUAAAGACACCCAGCUGGAUGUUCUCCUGAAGAAGGUAGUUGAUAAAGCCAAGGAGACUGAGAAUGGUCAUUUAGAUCUUUUUCUUCGAUUCUUGUUGGGAAUUUCACUUGAGAGCAAUCAGAAACUUCUGCAAGGAAUUCUUACAGAUACACAGUUCAACAAGAAGAGCAUUAACAAAGUGAUCCAGUACAUCAGGCAAAUGCAGAACAAGCCUCCUGAUUUGCCCCCUGAGACAUCCAUCAAUCACUUCUUCUGUCUGAUGGAACUGAAAGACGAAUCCCUGUACAAGCAAAUUAAGAAAUAUCUUUGUACAGACAAUUUACCAGGCAGAGAAUUAUCCUCCUCAAACUGCUCUACUCUGGCCUACUUGAUGUUGAUGUCUGGGGAUGUUUUUGAGGAGCUCCACCCCAAACAAUUCAACCCAUCCAAUUCAGCCAACAGGAGACUCAUCCCUGCUGUGAGAUGCUUCAGAAAAGCUUGGCUUGCUGGUUGUGAGCUCACUGAAGAGUGCUGGGAGACCGUGGCUUCAGCUCUCGAUGCAGAAAACUCUGCUCUGAGAGCACUGGACCUGAGUGAUAAUUACAGAAUUGACAAGGGAGCAAAGUUGCUUUCUGAUGGUCUGAAGAGUCCACAUUGUAAACUGGAGAUACUGAGGUUGGCAAAGUGCCAUUUCUCCCACAGCAGCUGUGCUGAACUCACUUCAGCCCUCCUCUCAAUUUCAUCUUCUCUGACUGAACUGGACCUGAGCUUCAACGACCUUCAGGACACAGCAGUAGAGCUGCUUUUUGCUAAACAGGAAAACGUCUUCAGUAAAUUAGAAAUUCUGAGGCUGAGCUGGUGUAACCUCACAGAGAAGAGCUGCUCAUUCCUCUCCUCCAUUCUCUACACUUUAAGAGAGUUGGACCUGAGUAACAAUGAUCUGAGGGAUUCAGGAGUGAAGCACAUUUCUGAAGGACUCAGCAAUAAACAGUGCAAACUGCAGACACUGGGAUUGUCUGGUUGUUUGGUGACAGAAGAAGGUUUUUCUUUUCUGGCAUCGACUCUGAGUUCAAACUCAUCAGUCCUGAAAGAUCUUGAUCUGAGCUACAAUAAUCCAGGAGAUGGAGGAGAACAGCUGCUCUCUGACCUACGGAAUAAUCCAAACUGCAAACUGGAGACACUCAAGAUGGAACCAAAAAGUAAACAAUUUAUCAAAGCGGGAAUCAAAAAGUAUGCCUGUGAGCUCACGUUCAACUCAGACACGGCCCACAAACAACUGCAUCUGUCGAACAGGAAGGUCUCAUACAUCAACCAAAACCAGGAAUACCCAGAUCACCCAGACAGAUUUCAGAGUUUUCGACAUGUUCUGUGUAACGAGGCUCUGAGCCAGCGUUGUUACUGGGAAGUGUGUACUGAAGGAGAAUCACUAGAAAUUGCCAUCACGUAUCCUGAUAUACAGAGGAAUGCAGAAGAUCUACCAGUGUGGGAUGCUCACAUGAAGUUCGGGUUAAACCCGGUCUCCUGGGCACUCUGUAUUUUAUUCAAAAAUCACGUGUUUGCCAGGCACAAUUCAGAGGACACCAAAAUAUUCAUGAAGGAGUCACGUCGGAUAGGUGUGUAUCUGGACUGGCCUGCUGGAAGACUGUCCUUUUACUUCAUCUCAGCAGAUACACACACACUUACACACAUACACACGUUCAUCACGGAGUUUAAGAAACCAGUGUAUCCAGGGUUUAGUCUGGAAGAGGGCUCUGUGACUUUGUGUCAGCUGGAUUAAAUAGAAAAAUAAAGGAUAAUAAAAUGAUAAAGGUGAUGAAACAGAUAUUAUAGCAGUGUAGCAUUCUGGGUUCCUGUCAAUCUGGUGUGCAGGAAAACCCGUUUCAUGCACAUAAUACGGAACAGAUGAUAUUCCUCCAAUCGUCACUAGUCUAGGAUCCUGUGAUCCAUUUCCCAAAGCCUGUUACUGAAGAUCUUUUGAAACAAUGACGCAAGAAUAACAAACAUACAAGCUGUAGAUCACAAAUUUGUCGAGUCAGAUGGUAUCUAGUAAAUAUAUUCAUUUAUUGGUCCAUUUGUUUGAUUCUAUAAUUACUUUUUUUGUAU